CAAUGUCAUUUAUUAUCAAUCAUUAUCAGCUGCUCAGAACUAUUGUCAAAAUAUUAUGGAAACACAAGAAAAUUGGUAAUUUUCUGCGAAAAUACUAUGUACUUUUUGUAAUACACAAAAUAUGUUACGUAUAGAAUGAAUGCUAUAAUUGGUUUGUGUCAUUUUUGUGAAUCUCACGGCCCGCGACCAUUAUUUUGUACAUUUACAACAGAUGAGGAGAGUCAUACUACAGAAUCUUCCAAAUGCCCAGUAGAAUGUUGUGGCUGCAGAUCAAUUGGUGCAGAAACAGUUUUAGUGUCGAAGGACGACAGUGGGAUAAUUUAUUGCAGCAGAGAAUCUGUGCCUAAUGAUGAUAUUACUGCAUUUUUGCGUCAGGCUGCCUUACGGAGCAUAACAUGUGAAGUCAACUGGAGUAAAGAAGGAGGUGUAGUUUACUUCAGUGACACACAGGGGCAUGUUCUCAGCCACAUGUUCCACCUCAAGGAUACCAGGGCCAGAGGAAUGAAGAGAUUAUUUUCAAUUGUAGUUCUUAUGAAAGAUAAAAUGUUUCUUCUGAAUGUUACUCCAGUUUUAUCAGAACACAUGAAGAAAUUAGCCAAACAGCUUCAAGAAUUGGCUGAUGUUGUUUAUGAUAAUGAACAGAGUAUAUGCUCUCAAAGAGCAUUGAGGUUGAAUACUGGGAAUAAUGAUUUUGGUCAAUCCAGAUCAUUGAAACAACUAACAAAUGAUGAUGAUAUUUUCAAAAGAUUACAUUCACACUUUACAUGGAUGCUCAAAACUGGUGCUUUAAUUUAUUCCGAGACACUUUACACAAGCCAAGAUAUGCUCAACAAGUUUCACCCAAACACAACAAAAGGAACCAUCUUUGAAGAUGUUUGCUCAGUAACUAUUGAUAAUAGCUCCAUGACAUUGCGGGAAAUUGAAAAACUUUUAUCCAAAGAUGUUUUCCAAAAACUUCUGUAUUGUCUUUUAACAGGUGGAAAAAUAGGCAUAAUAUCAAAAUUUAGAAAUUUAUCAACAGUUGUGAAUAGCCUCUUGAUUUUAUUGCCAAAAAAUACAGAUAACACAAAUGAAAAUAUUAGAAUAGUAAGUAAUGAUGAAGAAAUUCAAGCCCAAAAUUUAUGUAUUUUAGAAGAAAUCGAAAAUAAUAAUUUUCAGUGCACUUGGAAGAUCAAUGUUCCAACAAAAUAUCCUACACUAAUGAAUAAAAUACUUAACGCAAUAAAUAACGAAAAAUUCAAUGAUGUUGUUCUGUUACAACAUAUAAAAUCUUUGCAGUUGGAGUGGUUGGGGAUAGCAAAUACCAUCAAGUCAUCACUUCAAGCAUCAGGACAUAAAAAAGAUGCUAUCAAAAAAUUAAAAACUGUACUUGGUGUAUCAGAAUAUGAUGAGAUUCUUGUAAAUUACUGGAUACAAGCUUUCUGUGAUUAGUCUAUAGAUAUCUGUGAUAAUAUUGUUAGAUUUGAAAAUAAAUAUAUUUUUUGAAAUAA